ACCGUUUACUAAAACUGCAAUAUCAUUAGACAGACCGACAAAGUUGAUUACUUUUUUCAGAAACAAAUUGUAUUUACAUUUAAUUGAACGCACCACAUCAACACAGUGAAAAUGACCGUAACUGCUGUGCCGCUGGAGAGCGUACGCGAAAAGGCGCUUUCCGACUACAGAAAGAAAUUGCUGGAGCACAAAGAAGUCGAGGGUCGCCUCAAAGAAAAACGCGAGGAAAUCAAGGAGCUGACAAAGCUUUACGACAAGUCGGAGAAUGAUCUAAAAGCACUGCAAAGCGUGGGCCAAAUUGUGGGCGAGGUGCUCAAACAAUUGACCGAGGAUAAAUUCAUUGUGAAAGCCACCAAUGGACCACGCUAUGUGGUCGGUUGCCGUCGCCAGCUGGACAAGGCCAAGCUAAAGUCGGGCACACGCGUUGCCCUCGACAUGACCACAUUGACGAUUAUGCGCUAUUUGCCACGCGAGGUUGAUCCUUUGGUCUACAAUAUGUCGCACGAGGAUCCCGGCGAUGUCACCUACUCGGCUAUCGGUGGUCUCACCGAGCAAAUUCGCGAGCUACGCGAAGUCAUCGAGUUGCCAUUGCUCAAUCCCGAACUCUUCCUGCGCGUUGGUAUCACACCGCCCAAAGGUUGUUUGCUCUACGGCCCGCCAGGCACAGGAAAAACGCUGUUGGCGCGUGCGGUGGCCUCGCAACUGGAUGCCAACUUCCUGAAGGUUGUCUCCUCGGCCAUUGUGGACAAAUAUAUUGGCGAGAGUGCGCGUUUGAUACGCGAAAUGUUCAAUUAUGCCCGCGAUCAUCAGCCCUGCAUCAUUUUCAUGGAUGAAAUCGAUGCGAUUGGUGGCCGUCGUUUCUCUGAGGGCACAUCGGCCGAUCGUGAAAUACAGCGCACGCUGAUGGAGCUGCUCAAUCAAAUGGAUGGCUUCGAUUCGCUGGGACAAGUGAAGAUGAUUAUGGCCACCAAUCGUCCCGAUACAUUGGAUCCUGCUUUGCUGCGUCCCGGUCGCCUGGAUCGUAAGAUCGAGAUACCGCUGCCCAACGAACAAGCGCGUCUGGAGAUCCUGAAGAUUCAUGCGCUCAAGAUUGCCAAACAUGGUGAGAUUGAUUACGAAGCCAUUGUCAAGUUGUCGGACAAUUUCAAUGGCGCCGAUCUGCGCAACGUUUGCACUGAGGCGGGUCUCUUUGCCAUCCGCGCGGAACGUGAAUACGUCAUCCAGGAGGACUUCAUGAAGGCUGUGCGCAAGGUGUCGGACAACAAGAAGCUGGAGAGCAAACUGGACUACAAGCCAGUUUAGAUGUAACUAACCAUUAACUUCAACACAAAUUCAAUAAAAACAAUACCCAUCUUAUAUUAUGUA